AUGGACUCCUCACAAGGCCCUCACCCUCACCAACACACACCAGGCCUAUCGCCACACCUUCACAAUGUCCUAACCGACCUCCACCGACGUCCAUACCCACACGUCCCCAAUCCACCCCUAUGCAAGAAACGCGCCUCCGUCGCCUUAAUCCUCCGCGUCCGCCCAACAUACAACCACUGGCCAAACCCGACAGAUCUCGAUAUCGGUCUCGGUGAUCCAGACUUAUCCGUCGAAGACAGACUGGAUGACUUUUUCGCCCAGCCGUGGGUGAAAUAUGGGGAUCCGGAGGUCCUUUUCAUCAAGCGCGCUUCGCGUCCGGGCGAUCGCUGGACUGGACAUGUUGCUUUGCCGGGUGGGAAGCGCGAUCCUGAGGAUGAGGAUGACAAGGCUGCUGCUAUUCGGGAAGCUUCUGAGGAGAUUGGAUUGGAUUUGACAACGGAUGAUUGUAUUUGUGUGGGGAAUUUGCCGGAGAGGGUGGUUACUACUAGUUGGGGAUCAGUGCCGUUGAUGGUUCUUUGCCCUUUCGUCUUUAUCACAACGCGGAGCGACUCCCCCAAUGCUGCGACUACAACCGACGGAGGUCGCUUCGACACAUUGGAUCCCAUUACGCGCACUACUCUCCUCAUCCCUCCGCACGGUCGAACAUGUGGAUAUAUCGCAGCGAUUCGCAAGACAAGAUUAGCUGUCCGAUCUAUGCUAGGCUGGAUGCAGUUCUCAGCCGUGCGGUUACUUCCCGCCGAGACGGUGCAGUGUACUUCGAUCCCGGGAUUCGUGCCAGAUGAACAGAACAGCAAAGAAUCGACGCUAAUUUCGCGCUUCAAAUCAUGGUGCCUGAGUAACCAGGCUGAUUCGGGAGAUCUCAAUCGUCCCCUGUUGCUAUGGGGUCUUACGCUUGGAAUCUUAGCGGAUUUCUUGGACAUGUUGCCUCCGCAUACUUCUGUCCAACAAUGGAAAUAUCCGACAUUUACAGCGCCGGAUUUGAGGUUCAUUGUUAGUAUUUUGACGUACAAUUUGCGGAAACGGAAUGCGCGGAUGGUUAAGUCUGGUGCGAGACCUACGAGUGAUACGGCGCUGGACGCGGAGAGUGCCGCUUUGUCGGUUACCCGGGGGGAGAAUAUGUCGAAGCACGAUGAUAAUGAGGUUGGGAUUGGUGGGCUUGGAGUGGGAAGAUACUAUGGUCCAGCUGAUCGUGCUUCGGAUGGGACCUCGUAUGCUGUUGGGAUUAUGUUGCGUGGAUAUUAUCAGCGGUUGCGAGUUGCGAUCUAUGUAUUCCUUGCCUGGCGUAUGGCGUUGGGAUCGGCGGCGGCCAUUGUGGCGUGGCGAGUGAUUCGGCGGAGACUUCGAUAA